CUCUUUUCUCUAAUUUUGUGGUGAUAGUCACAAUUUUAAUUUUUUAGUCGGUUAACGUUCAUUCAUCUAUGUUCACAAAACCAUUUUGAUAGCUAAAACAAAACAAUCCGUGACCAACUAAAAAAACUUAAUCGCUGUUAUCUAUCAUAGUUUGCAGAUAAUAUUUUUCCCUAUAUUUUACACUGCACUAUUCGUGUACUUAAAUAAUUACCUCAUAAUAAUGUAAAUUUUGUAUUUAACCAUUUGUUGUUUAAUGUAAUUACCAAUUGCUUAAAAACCAUUAUUUUAACUGGUUCAUAUACCAAAUUAAAUCAACUGGGAAUAAUGGAAAUCGAUAAUCAACGUGUUACACAAGCCAUAUUAAAAAUUCAUCAUGAUGAAAUAGUUCAAGACAUUCAAGGAGAUGUGAUCUGGGCUCUUUUUGAAAAGCAGGUUUUAACAGAAAAAGAUUAUCAAUAUAUUAAAUCUCAGAAUGACCGAGAAAAAGAAGCUCAUUCAUUGCUUGAACUGUUGCCGAAUAAAGGGUUUAAUGGUUUUAAUCAAUUUUUAAAUUAUUUGUCAACAUAUUAUUCUUGGAUAGCCGAUCCAAUACUAAGUUCCAUAAAAAAUGAAUAUAAUGACAUGUUUCCAACUAAAAUUCAUCAGGCUUUAACUUUUGGUGAAGUACCUCAAUUGUCUUCAAGACAUGUAUCACGAACUAAACAUGUAAAAACAUUAAAAGAUCUUUUAAAAAAGUUAGAAGCCGGUAAUUUUGUUGUUGUGAAUGGUAUGACUGGUUGUGGAAAAUCUAGUUUAGUCAUUGAAGUAUUAAAUGAUCCUCUUAUUACAAUGCAAUAUUUUCAGGGAUCUGUGCAUUGGCUGAAUGUUGGAAGAGAAAAUUCCUCUGAUAUUGGAUGUGUUCAAACUGAGUUAUUAAAUAGAUUAAAUUACCAUAAGCAGCAUAUUAUGCCUCCUUUAAAUACAGAUUUUAAAGCCACUAGAAAAACACUUCAAGAAUUAUGGAAACAAAAAUAUUCAACAGGUGGUUUAUUGAUUUUGGAUGAUGUAUGUAGUAAUCAAAUUGUUAAAUAUUUAGACAUUGAAUGUAAAAUAUUAAUAACAACACACGAUAAAAGUAUUAUGGAUGACAUAAUAGAUACACGAGUAAAAUAUGUUAAAGUAAAUGAAGGAUUUGAAGAAAAUGAGACUUUAGAUUUGUUCUCAAAAUGCCUAAGUGUUGAUUUUAAAUCUUUACCAUCACAUGCAUUAAAACUUCAUAAUAUAUGUAAAGGAUUUCCAUUAACUAUUUCGCUCAUUGGUGCACAGCUUGAAGCACACAAAGAAGAAACUAUUAAUAAUAUGGAUAGAUGGACAUUUUAUUUGGAAGAGUUGUCUGAUAGAACUAGUUAUCCUUUUAAAUAUACUCCACCAAGUCACAAGCAGUUUAAGAGUUUAGAAAAAGCAAUAGAAAUGUGUAUACAAAGUUUACCAAAAGAUUUGCAAAAUAAUUACCGAGAUUUUUCAUUAUUUGUAGAUGAUUUAAAUAUUAAACCAGAAGUGUUAUCUGUACUGUGGAAUUUAAAGAAAAUACAAGUUGAAGAUAUUAUGCUGGAAUUAAUGCGUAAAAGCUUAGUAGUUAGAGCUUGGAAUCAGCCUUUAAAUAGUUAUGUUUAUUCAAUCCAUGAUUUACUCUUGUGCAAUUUAAAAAAAAGUAUAAGCAGUCAUGAUUCUAAGAUGCUGCACAGAAAACUUAUUGAACGUUAUAGUGCUACUUGCAAUGGAAAUUUUGUUCAGCUUCCAAAAAACGAUAAUUAUAUAUUUUUAUAUUUCGGAUAUCAUCUGAAAAAUGCUGAUCUGCUAGAAGAAUUCCCCAAGUGGUUUUUUAAUUUAAAAUUUUUAGAAGCAAAAAUAAGUGUAACUGGUCCUGCAGAUUUGUUAACAGAUUUUAAAAAAUAUAGAAAAUAUAUCGUAGUUCAUAAUACCCAUGAAGAAUAUAUUAAAGAAAUUGAAUGUUUUAUAAUAUCUAUUGGACCCUAUUUGUACCAAACCAAGUGUGAUAUUAUUCAAUUAGGUCUCCAAGAACCUACAAGUUCAUUUGUAUAUAAAACAUCAUAUAAAAUAGCAAAAUCUAGUGGAAAACCAUAUUUUUACUAUAAAAUUCGGCCAUCUUUAAGUUGUCUUCCAAAACCACAUAUAUCUAUUGUUAGAGAUGUUAUUGAAACUGUAAUUUUUGGAAAUAGAUAUGAUGAGGUUAUAAUUGCAACUAAUAAUGGACAUAUUAAAGCAUGGAACAUAAUAGCUCAUAAAUGUUUAUACACUUAUUAUGGCCACACUGCCAGAGUUACUCAUUUGGCCAAAAAUAAGCAAAAAAAUUUUUUUCUGUCAACAUCUGAUGAUUCAACUAUACGUAUAUGGAGCAUAAAUAGUUUUCCUGGAUCUGAUAAUCCUGAAACACGUACUCCAUCGCCAGAGACUAGACAAGAACAUUGGCAAAAUGUGUUUAAUGUAAAUUAUAAAAAAUCAACUGACAUUACUGAUUGUGUUAUAUUAGAUCAUCAUUCAGGACCAGUAAUAUUUGCACAAUUUUCUUCAGAUGAUAAAUUAGUUGUAUCAUCCUCUACUGAUAAAACUUUAAAGAUAUGGAAGUUGGAUAAUGGAACAGUCCUCAAAACUAUCAACCAGACAAGUAUAAUUUAUAAAUGUUAUUUUAUGAAAACCACAACAUCUGAUUGUAUACUCUUCUCAACACAGUCAGAAACAGGAAGUGUUAUUUAUAGGUGCCAAUGGCCAUUUGAUCAUUGUACUGGAUUAUUAUACUUAAAAGAAAAAUUGUUAUCAUUUUUUUCUUCACCUAGUACAGAAGGAGAUUACAAUUUACUAAUUUUGACUCAAGAAAAUGUGGCUUGUUAUAAGUUUGAUUGGGAUAAAUCUGUACGCAUUAUGGAUUACCCAAAACCAAUAGGUUAUGAACGAUUCAAAUUGUUUUCUAUUUCUGAGGAGCAUAUGAACAAAACAAAUAAUACUCGUUUUAUAGCAUUAAGUUUAAAUAAUUGUACAAUACAAAUUUGUGAUUUAUGGACUGGGUAUAAUUUUCUUGAUUUAAACGACCCUGUUCAGGGCAUAUUAAAUUUAGACUGGUUUUGGUCUAAUACUGAUCAAAGUAAUUGGUUGCUUUGUGCAGCCGAAGACAAAUCUAUUAGAUUGUGGUGCUUAAAUGAUAUAACAAAAUAUACUUGUUCUCACAAAAUUGAUUCUAAACAUCAUUCUAAUAAUAGUGAUUUUAAAAAUUUAUGCAAAAAUGAAAUUAUAUCUCUUCAAAAUUAUAAAUCAUUUACUGAAGAACAAAAUGUGUACUGUUAUAAAUUUAAACAAAAUUUUGAUGCAGCGUGGCUGGAUAAUGGUUCUAUAUUAAUAGCGACCAUUACUAAAUGUGGGACUUUAAAGGUAUUAUUUGAAGGCUUAAAUCAUUGGUCGAUAAUUGAUAAAAGAGUUACAGCUUUGUCAAUUAUAAAUUCAGAACCAAAAUUUGAUCAAACAAUGAUAAUUGUAGCAUGUGAAGAUUUAUCUGUUCAUAUGUUGAAACAUCAAGCUUCUACAUUUUUAUUCAACACUAAUGAAAAAGUGGACCAAAUUUUUGCUUGUUGUGAUCAUGGUCAAUUAAUCAUAGUAUUAUUACUCAAUGUUGAUAUAAAAGAAAAUGAACCAUUUAACCAAACUGUACAGAUUUGGAUUAAUGAAGAAAAAUUUUUAUUAAAUGUCCAAAAUGUUAUUGAUUGUUAUGUGUUCCAUGAUAAAAUUAUUUUAUUAUACAACGUUCAUGAAAUGCUGAUAAUUGAUAAUUAUGCAAAAGUUAAUAUGAAACUUGAAGUGAAUUGUAUUAAAAUAAAUGGAAGUUUAAUGCUUGAUCAUACAAAAUUAGCUGUCAAUAAUAAUGGCAAUACCUUAAAUAUAUUUAAACUAAUGUCGGAUUAUACAUUGAAUCUGCUUGAUCAGUAUCAAUUACCUUUCAAAGAAAGUGAAAUGACAUCCAUUAGUAUUUCUAAUGACAAAAACCUAAUUGUUGUUGGUGGGCAAAAAUAUAUUGUUUUGAUUGACCAAAUAUUAAAAACUACUAAGCAUUUUAUAACUGAUUCCUGUAUAAAUAAUAUACAAUCAUUAAAAUGGUCAUCAGAUGACACACGCUUAGCAAUAAAAGAAGACAAUCAAAUAAUUACAUUUGAUGUAGAAUCUGGUAAAAAUAUAGCCAGUAUAAGGUUAACAGCUGAUACAUUUUCUGUGGAUUCUACUCUGAAUACAUAUAUUUCAGUUAACACUGCCGGGCAGUUGGUUGUAUUGAAUUUAUCUAAUAAUAUUCAUUCUUAAAUUGUUUUAAUUUAUAUGACUUACUCAUAUGACAUACACCAAAUAUUUUUUACAAAAUGUUAAAUUAUAUAAUGAAAUAUAUGCAUUGGAUUUCAUAAGUAAGUGUCAAAUUGUCGUUGGCUGUGUAAAAUAUAUAACAUAAUAUCUUGAAAUAGUUAUAUUUUAAAGUUUGUUACCAUUUAUGUUACCAAUAUGAUGCUAAAUGGUAA